GGGCGGGAGGAGGAUUGGGGGCGGAGGAAUACUGGGGUGAUGGUACACGUGGUUUUGUUUUCUUCUCUGACGAGCUGCAACAUGGCAAGUGAUCCCAAACAAGCUAAGCUGGAUGGUGACUGUAGGCUUGGAAUUUCUGAAGAUCCUGUUCUUGAUCGUUUUCUUUGUUGGUGUAAGAAGGCUGGAAUUAAACUGUCUUCAAAAGUUUUUAUGACAAAACAUGGUACUGUGUCAGACUAUGGCAUGUUGGCUAAAGAAGACAUUGAAGAAGGGGAGGAAAUAUUUUCUAUUCCUCGAACAGCCUUGUUAAGCCAAGAAACCACUGCCAUCCAUGCACUUUUAGAGAAAGAAAAGGAUUCUUUGAAGAGCCAAUCAGGCUGGGUUCCUCUUCUUUUAGCUUUAAUGUUUGAAUACAACAAGACUGACUCUUACUGGAAUCCAUACUUGUCUAUGUGGCCUGACUUUACUGUAAUAGACCAACCAAUGUUUUGGACCAAGGAAGAACGGGAGGCACUACUUAGAGGAACAGGCAUCACAGAGGCUGUGGAGAAAGACCUGCAAAACAUUGAAAAAGAAUAUAAUGACAUUAUUCUGCCAUUCAUCCAAACACAUUCUGACCUUUUUGAUCCAGAGAAGCAUAUGCUAGAGCUCUAUAAGAGUCUUGUGGCUUUUGUUAUGGCGUACAGUUUCCAAGAGCCUAUAGAUGAUGAUGAUGAUGAUGAUGAUGAUAAUGAUGACGACAGUACUGAUAAGGAAUCUACACUACCCAUGAUGGUACCCGUGGCAGACAUCUUAAAUCAUGUAGCCAACCAUAAUGCUAAUUUGGAGUAUGAAGUUGAUUGUUUAAAAAUGAUAUCAAUUAGGAAGAUCCACAGAGGGGAAGAAGUGUUUAACACUUAUGGAGAUUUGGCUAAUUGGCAGCUGUUGCACAUGUAUGGCUUUGCAGAACCAUAUCCCAGCAACAGAAAUGACACAGUAGACGUACUAAUGACCACCAUAUACAAAGCAGCACUUCAAGCUGCCAACUCAGAUACAGAGCGCAGUAUACUGAGGGAUAAAUGGGACCUAUUGUGUCAUCUUGAUAUAGCAAGUAAUGAUGGAGCAUUUGUGUUUGGCUGUUCUGGGUCACUGACUGAAGAAGAAUUGUAUACUACACUUAAGGUUUUAUGCAUGUCUGAAGAGCAUUUUAAAGAAUUUAAGGAAAACAAAGGCUGGGAGGAAGCAGAGGACAGUGAUGAAGAGGUUAUGGCGAUGUCUCUCUCCAAUGAAGGAAUACCAAAGCUGAGCUUUCCAUUUAAACAGCUUCUCUGGAACACCAUUGUGCUUUCUGUCCAGCUUUACUCCAGUGAUAUAAAAGAAGACAUGCAACUAAUUCAAAAUAUGGGUAAGAAUGUAAAGCUCAGUAGGCGGGAGCAGUGGGCUCUUUAUGUUCGUUAUGGACAGAAGGUCAUUCUCUCCAAUUUACUACAAAUGACGCAACCCCAUUGAUACAGAUUUAUGGACUGUAGUAUUACUUAGUUCAAAUAGACUUAAUUUGCUGGAAGAUCUUGAACAAAUCUUGGAGAGAUUUAAGGAUAACAAUGUCAAGUUUAUUAUAUGUAUGUAGUACAAUGAAAUUUGUACUUCCAUGUCUUCUCAGAACAGUUGACUAAACAAAUACCAUGCAGCAUAUAGUAUAUGUUCAAUUUUAUAUCAUCAUGUUUUUGUGUGUUUUUAAUACACACUGCUUAUGUUAUAGUAUUUGAAUUCUUAUGAAUGAAUAUGCAGCAGCCUUUCCAGUGGUCUUGUACUGUACACCAGAAGGGAAUGGUGAGAAAAGAGGCAGUGCAGGAUGGUUGAGGUCUUUAAUUACACAGUUUACCUUUCCAAGGCAGCAAGUGUUGUAUAGGUCCAGGAUAGAAGACAUUUGGGUGCCAGUUACCUCAUGUGCCGCCUCACCACCAUCAGCGGUGCUAUACAAUCUUAAACCAAGCAGAUGCCAUACCAGGAUGUGAUACAGUCAGUGAGAAUGAACUUCACUAUGCAUCUGUAGAAGUUUGUGAAAACAGAUUGAGAGAUGCCAGCUGUCCUCAGACAUCUAAGUAAGUUUAUGUGCUGGUAAGUUGUUUUCACAAGAGCCAAAAUGUGUUGUGCCAACUUCACUUAAUUAAAGAUAGUCACUUCAGUUCGUUCGUUCAAUAGAAUUCCCUCCAAUGUAGAUGGAAGUGAGGUCUGCCUUUUACUUUUUAAGUCUGUGACCAGCUCUGGUACAAUGGAGUCAGCAGGUAGACCUCUUCUCAGUAAACUCUCUCAUCACUAUUGGCAAUUAAGUCAAUAAUGAUGCUGUCAACAGAAAAUUUAAUGAUGGAGUUGGAGCUGUACUUGCCGAAAUAGCCCGAGGUGAAUAAAUAGUAUUAGAAAGGACCACAGCACACUGCCCUGUUGAGUACCUGUGUUGAGGGUCAGUGCUGAGGAUGUGAUGCUGCCAUUCCACAUAAACUGAGAUCUGCUGAUUAAGAAGUUCAAAAGUCAUUGGCAGUGGGUGGCACAAAGUCCUAAAUUGAGGAGGUCAGUGUUGAUGGCACAAGAUGUGUGUAUAAUGCUAAGUCUUUGUUCUAACUGACACAGAAACAAGUGUUUAAGGUGGUAUUUAUUUUGCAUUAUCUAUAUUUGUGUAAAACACUUUUGAAGAAAGUGAUACACUGUUGUGACACAUCCAUCUAUUUUUUUAACUCAGUUAUCCAAUUUAGUGUUGCUGAUAGCCGAUGCCUAUACUGGUUCAGCGUUGGGUACAAGGUGAGAACCAAGUCUGGACAGGGUUUAGGUCAUCACAUGCACACUCGUAUACACCCAAAUGUGAACACAUUUAUUGGUACGCUCACAGCUCAUUGAAGAAUUGCUGUAUGCGUCCUGAAAAGUGAUUCAGUGAAAAGCGAUUGUCCCAUGUAUAUCUGCAUGCCUUUGAUAUGUCAUCAUAUUUUAAAGUGGCCUGGACAUAUUUGUUGGUACCCGUAGAAAUGAUGAUAAAUACUUGGAUUAGAGUGAUUUUGUCUUCAGUCGUUCAAUCUGUAACUCAGACUAUUUAAAUGGAGAAAAGUAGUCACUCAGCUGUUUGGUGUCAUCAUGUGUCCCACACUGAACAGAGCUGUCCGAGAAGAUCAGAAAGAAAAUUAUAGACAAGUUAAAGGCAAAGGCUAUAAGACUAUCUCAAAGCAGCCUAAUGUUCCUGUGACAACAGUUGCAAAUAUUAAGAAAUGUAAGGUCCAUGGGACUGUAGCUAACCUCCCUGGACGCGGCCGCAAGAGGAAAAUCGACCCCAGAAUGGGCAGAUGGAUAAUGAGAAUGAUAGACAAAAAUCCAAGGACAACUUUCAAAGAGAUACAAGCUGAACUACAAGGUCAAAGUCCAUCAGUGUCUGAUCGCACCAUCUAUCUCUUUUUGAGUAACAGUGGGCCCAACAGAAGAAGAUCCAAGAGGACUCUACAAUUGAAAAAGCAAUAUAAAAACUCAUAUUUAUAUACUUACAAGCCACAGUGCCUUUUGUGAAAAUGUUAUUUAGACAGAUAAGACAAAACUGGAGCUUUAUGGCAAGUCACAUCAGCUGUAUGUCCACAGACAAAAAAAAUGAAGCUUUCAAAGAAAAGAACACCAUACCUACUGUGAAACAUGGAGGAGGUUCGGUUAUGUUUUGGGAGUGUUUUGCUGCAUCUGGCAUGAGGUGUUCUGAAUCUGUGCAGGGAACAAUAAAAUAUCCAGAGUAUCAAGACAUUCUUGAGAGAAAUGAACUGCCCAGUGUCUGAAAGCUCUGUCCCAGUCUCAAGUCAUGGAUCCUCCAACAGGAUAGUGACUCAAAACACAUAACUGAAAGCACCUAAGAAUGGCUACGAACAAAACAUUGUACUAUUCUGAGGUGGCCUUCUAUGAGCCCUGAUUUGAAUCUCGUUAAACAUCUAUGGAAAGAACUGAAACAGGCCAUUUGGAGAAUGACACAGAUGGAGUUUGAUCAGAAGAGCGGGUCAAACUACCUGCUGACAGGUGCAGAAGUCUCAUUGAGAACUACAGGAAUUGUUUGUUUGCUGUGAUUGCUUCUAAAGGUUGUGCAGCAAAAUAUUAGGUUAAGGGUUUCAUAAUUUCUGUCCAUGUCUUUUUAGUUGGUUUUAUUGUUUGAAAUAUUCUGUUGAAUCUUUGUUAAAUACAGAAUAAACAAUAAUGGGUGCCAA